ACAGAGUUGGGAGCAAACCCUGAGCCUCCUCCAGGAUGCUGCUGGUCCUGCUCUCAGCGGCCUUGCUGGCCCUCACCGCAGCUCAGAACCUGAAUGAAGAUGUCCAGUCAGAAGCGUCUCCUCUCCUAUCAUCAGAUGUAAGGAAACCAAGCGAGAAGCCAGACAAACCUGAGGGACCACCUCCUGAAGGACACCCAUCUGGACCCCCUCCCUCUGGUGGGCCUCCCCAGAAACCACCCAGACCAGGAGGCCACCACCCCCAUCCACCCCCACCUCAUCAUGGAAACCAUCAGGGACCACCUGCACAUGGAGGCCAUCACCACUCUCACCCACCUCAUCAUGGAAACCAUCAGGGACCACCUGCACAUGGAGGCCAUCACCAUCCUCCUCGCCCUCCUCCUGGAGCACCCCAAGGACCACCACCACCCCCUCCCUCUGGAGAACCCCAAGGACCAGAACCACCUCCUUCAGAAAAACCUGCCCAAGACCAGCCAUCACAGUAAUCUCCAAUUGAGUGACAGAGUGAAUAAGAAGACAACAGUCUUUCAAGAAGCUCUGACACUGGAACAAUGUGAUCACAACUCUAACUUGAAU